GGCGGGCCGCCGGCUGCCCGGAAGAGGGAGCGGGGCGGUUGUUGACAACAUGGCGGCCGCUGGCGCCUCCGCGGGAGGAAGAGGCGGAGGGAGAGGAGGCGGCGGGCGGAGGAAGGAGUCUCAUUCAUAGGGAGCCCGGCUCGCUGCCCUCAUCCCCUCCCUCCCCUUCUUCCCCCCCCCUCCCCAGCGGCCGCCUCGCCCCCUCCCCGGCACCAUGUCCUUCUUCAGGCGGAAAGGUAGGGGGGCGGCGGGCGGGAGGCCCGGGGCUGAGGGGCGGCUGCCGGCCUCGUCCCCCUCACGGCUUCUGGGCUCCGGCCCUGCCCCUCCGGGGACGGCGACGGGGCCCCGAGAGGAAACUCGGCCCCUGAGGAGCGGGCUCCCCGCAAAUGACGUGAAAGGCAAAGAACAAGAAAAGACCACAGAUGUGAAAGCAAUUAAGACUCCAAUACCAGUACAUUCCCCUCAAAGAAGCACUAGAAAUCAUGCCUUGCUGGAGGCUGCAGGACCAAGCCAUGUGGCAAUUAAUGCCAUCUCUGCCAACAUGGACUCUUUUUCUAGCAGUCGGACAGCUGCCCUUAAGAAGCAGCCAAGUCACAUGGAAGCUGCUCAUUUUGGAGACUUAGGCAGAUCGUGUCUGAAUUACCAGGCUCAAGAGACCAAAUCAAGCCUUUCAAAGACCCUUGAACAAGUUCUGCAGGACAAUGUAGCCCUCCCUUAUUUUAUCCAGUUUAUGGAACUACGCAGAAUGGAACACUUGGUUAAGUUUUGGUUAGAGGCUGAAAGCUUCCACUCCACAACAUGGUCCCGUAUAAGAGCACAUAGCUUGAACACAGUUAAGCAGAGUUCGUUGGCAGAACCAGUGUCACCCUCGAAACAGCAGGAAAUUGGGUCGUCUUCUCCAACUGGAUUGCUUGAGGAGAGACUGGAGGAUUCUAGCACAGUCCGUCUGCUCAGGACCAAGCCAGUGGAUUUGGACAGGAACGACAGAACUAGCAACAGCCAGAACCACGUGCUCUUGGGUCAGGAGAGUGAUAAUACCAGUGUUCUUUGUCUAAGAAAAUCUGAGACAGGGACCCAUUCUGUUCCAGCUGAUGAGCAAGAAUCUUCCAAGCUUACAGUAUCAAAUAGAAACAGCCCCUCCUCUGCACUAAAAGACUUGUCAGGAAAACUCAUGAAAAGUAUAGAACGGGAUGCAGUUAGUACUUUCACCAAAUAUAUUUCUCCAGAUGCUGCUAAACCAAUACCUAUUACAGAAGCAAUGAGAAAUGACAUAGUUGCAAAGAUUUGUGGGGAAGACGGACAAGUGGAUCCAAACUGUUUUGUUACAGCACAGUCAAUAGUGUUUAAUGCAAUGGAACAAGAGCACUUUAGUGAAUUUUUGCGAAGUCAUCAUUUCUGUAAAUACCAGAUUGAGGUGCUGACUAGUGGGACUGUUUAUCUGGCUGACAUACUUUUCUGUGAAUCGGCCCUGUUCUAUUUCUCUGAGUACAUGGAGAAGGAAGAUGCAGUUAAUGUAUUGCAGUUCUGGUUGGCAGCAGAUAACUUCCAGUCUCAACUUGCUGCCAAAAAAGGCCAGUAUGAUGGGCAAGAAGCACAGAAUGAUGCCAUGAUUUUAUAUGACAAGUACUUCUCCCUUCAAGCCACGCAUCCGCUUGGGUUUGAUGACUCGGUGAGGUUAGAGAUUGAGUCCAACAUCUGCAGGGAAGGUGGUCCUCUCCCUAACUGCUUCACUACUCCCUUGCGGCAGGCGUGGACUACCAUGGAGACGGUUUUUUUACCUGGUUUCUUGUCCAGCAACCUUUACUACAAAUACUUGAAUGAUCUCAUCCAUUCAGUACGAGGAGAUGAAUUUCCAGGAGGGAAUAUUGCACUGAGUAUUCAUGGCCCCGGUAGCUCUCCCGAUAGCGAUUCUAUAGGGGGCCCGGAUGGCUCUGCCUCCCAGUCCAAUGUCAAAAAGGCUAAUGUUAAAAUCCUGAAAAAUUUUGAUGAAGCAAUAAUUGUAGAUGCUGCAAGUCUGGAUCCAGAAUCUUUAUAUCAACGAACAUAUGCAGGGAAGAUGACGUUUGGACGAGUCAGUGACCUGGGACAGUUUAUCAGAGAAUCUGAACCAGAACCUGAUGUCAAAAAAUCAAAAGGGUCCAUGUUUUCACAAGCAAUGAAGAAAUGGGUUCAAGGAAACACAGAUGAGGCUCAAGAAGAGAUGGCUUGGAGGAUAGCAAAGAUGAUAGUCAAUGACGUUAUGCAGCAGGCGCAAUGUGAACAGCCUUCGGAGAAGGUUACGAAGCUAUGAUUUUAGAAAUGCCAGAACAGGAAGUCUGGUUUUCCGCUUCAAGAGUGAGUGAACUUACCCUUUUGGUGGAUUCUUUAACACAGCCAAUAAAAACAAAGCACUGUUACUCCAACCGCUGAAAUCUCCCUUGUUUAUAAGGAAGAAUUAAAAAGAAGCAAUCCUGUACCUCCACUGUAGAGCGUGAAGAAACACUUUUUCCUGUUGUAUGUGGCACUCGCAGUAAUGAUGGUUUUUAAGGAGAGGAAGAUGCAGUUUACAAGUGUGUCGCUGAGAAACUGUGAUCAACUUCACAAAUACUUGACCCUGUCUCAAAAAGACUUUUAAGCAAAAUAUCUGGAAUGGGACACAAGCCACAACAGAGGGGAAGGUUUUGCUGUAGUUUCUAGUUCUACUACUUGUAAUUUUUAAACACAUAAUUGGAACGGCCACGGGGCAUGCCCCCAACAUUGGCCAUUGGAGAAGUGAACCUGAAAUGGUGAAUUCAUUGGCAGUGAAUGACCUAAAAAGUUCUAAGUUUUAUUUUUCCUUACUUGAAAUAGAUGCGUAUUCAACUGUAAGAUAAAUGUAUUUUACUUCAUAACUACAUUAACUUUGAAGGCAGCGUAGAAUGAUCAGGAGCAAAGCCUGGACAGUGUAACUCUUCCUUGUCAAGCUCUUACACCUGCAUACACAAAUCCCCUGUGUCUAACACAGAGCAGACUCAAAAGCCAGUCUUGCACUUGUGCAACCCUCUGCUCCUGAGCCACAGCUCCGAAUGCCGCCCACGUUUUGAGGAGAUUGUACCCUGUAGACUGCUCCGUUUUCUUUCCUCUCCAUCCCACGAACAAGGAAAAAAUAAUUGCUGCCAUUCUCCAUAGCUUGUUGUCCUCCAACCAACAUAGUAUCUAAUUCCAGAUGUUUGGUUUACAAAGAAAAACAAUUUUUAAUGACCUCUGGCCUUCUCCCUGACAUUGUCAACACUUGCAACUUGCAAAACCUUUAGUUUAAGUAAAAAAGCCACUGUAUUACACAGCACCUUUUUUUUUUUUUUUUUUUUUCUCCCCAGUGAAUUGAUUUUGCAGGGUAUCAAAACUACUCAGUGUCUCACUGUUAUGUUAUCGCUGCAUUUUUAGUAUAUAACACUUCUAUUUUGGGGUUUUUGUUUUACUCUUAUGAUUGCUUUUUUUCCUCAAACUUGUGCAAAAAAUCACUUUGCGAAGAACUCAAAUCAUCUCCAAUGUUCAGAAUAUCUUGAUUGACUAGCAAGUGUUAUUCUGUUGCAAUAUUCGAUUGUAUAGAGACACACUGUAUUGUCUAUGAAAAAGCAAAAAAGGCUGUGUAUAGGUUUUUGGUACUAUGUACCACCUCUUAUUUCUCUCAUGCCCAACUAUUCAUGUACUUAAAACAUACUAUAUUUAAUUGUGUUUUGAUUUAAAAUAUAUAAAUAUUAAAAUUUGUGUCAAUUUUCUGUUUUGAUGGGA